AUGGCAUCCUCUCAGCCUGUCGUCUUGGUGACCGGAGCCUCUCGCGGGCUGGGUCUAGCGAUUGCUCAGCAGCUGCUCUCUCAAGGUUCCAACGUCCUCACGCUCUCCCGCUCCCUCACACCAGAGCUGGGCUCACUGUCAGAGAAGAAGCACAAGGACGAUGCUGAGAUAUUGACGCACCAAGGAAGCGUAAAUAGCGAGAAGGACACGCAAGAGGGCGUCAAGAAAGCCUUGGAAAAGUGGCAAAGACUGGAUGGGGUGAUCCUCAAUGCUGGGGUCAUCGACUUUGCCAGGAUCUCGGAUGUGGUGAGUGCAAGUCGCUGUGCAAACCAAAUCUGCACGCGUGGCGCAUGCUUGCCCUUGUGCACCGGGAGCUCAUCGAUGCCUGUAUUUCUGCCACGCUCCAUCCCCAACGCAGACGCCCUCGUCUUUCGCAGAACAGAUUCAGACCAACCUCUCUUCCCUCGUCGUCACACUGCACUACACCUUGCCUCACCUCAGAAAGUCACCGACAGGUCAGGGAAAGGUCGUCUUUGUCUCGAGCGGUGCCUCGGUAGGAAAUACGGCUGGAUGGUCAGCUUACAAUGCCGGCAAGGCCGGUAUGAACGCCAUCGCUCGCACCUUGGCGUCUGAAGAGCCUUCCUUGGCGAUCUGGGCUGUCAGACCAGGCGUGGUCGCUACCGAGGUGAGUCUAGCGCUUCACGCAGCACGGUCACACGGACGCAUGCAUCUUGGCCUUUUAGGCAGCUCAACCAACCGAACGUCGGCCUCUUCCUCUCGUCUCUGUUGGCAGAUGCAAACUCAGAUUCGCUCAUCGGGCAAAGAAUCCAUGGACGCCGCUUCGUACGACAAGUUUUCGGGAAUGCACCGCGAUGGCACGCUCUUGCCACCAGAGCAGCCCGGUCAUGUUCUGGCUGCUUUGGCUAUCAGGGGCACCAGGGACGAUCCCAAGGGAGCAGAUGGUCAGGGCGCCGGUGCUAAGGGCGGGUACAUUGACUGGAGCAGCGAAGAGCUGAAGAGCUUCAGACUGCCGUAG